GUAAGCAAAGCAGGCACGGAGAGAGAGAGUGAGGCAGGCAGGCAGGCAGGCGAGGAGAAGGGUCCAUGCUUUAACUCAGACGGGGCUGUUCAUUUACCUGGGACAUUAAUCUCUUCUCCAGACAGCCUGGGCUUCCCUGGAACCUGGACUAUUCACGGAGCACCCAAGGCGACUGUGGUUCCAUGUACUGCUAAGGGCUCCUAGAGGCAAUUGCUGAUGUGUUUACGUAGGAGCCAUGGUCAUUCUACGCCAGGGGGAUUAUGUAUGGAUGGACCUCAAAACCGGUCGGGAAUUCGACGUUCCCAUUGGAGCCGUGGUGAAACUUUGUGACUCUGGGCAGAUCCAGGUGGUGGACGAUGAAGGCAAUGAGCAUUGGAUUUUCCCUCACAAUGCCAGCCACAUCAAACCCAUGCACCCGACCUCUAUCCACGGGGUGGAGGACAUGAUCCGUCUGGGGGACCUGAAUGAAGCUGGGAUUCUGCGGAACCUGCUCAUCCGUUACCGAGAGCACCUUAUCUAUACAUAUACAGGUUCGAUAUUGGUGGCAGUGAAUCCCUACCAGCUGUUACCUAUCUACUCUCCAGAGCAGAUACGGCUGUACACCAACAAAAAGAUUGGGGAGAUGCCCCCCCACAUCUUCGCAAUAGCUGACAACUGCUACUACAACAUGCAACGUAACAACAGGGACCAGUGUUGCAUCAUAAGUGGCGAGUCUGGUGCAGGGAAGACGGAGAGCACCAAACUGAUCCUGCAGUUCCUGGCUGCUAUCAGCGGGCAGCAUUCCUGGAUUGAACAGCAGGUGCUGGAGGCAAACCCCAUUUUAGAAGCUUUUGGAAAUGCGAAGACGAUUCGUAAUGACAACUCCAGCCGAUUUGGUAAAUACAUCGACAUCCAUUUCAACAAGAGGGGAGCCAUCGAAGGGGCAAAGAUUGAGCAGUACCUGCUGGAGAAAUCUCGAGUCUGCAGACAGGCCCACGAUGAGCGGAAUUACCAUGUAUUUUACUGUAUGCUGAAAGGAAUGACACCAGAACAGAAAAAGAAGCUGGGUCUUGGGAAAGCCACUGAUUAUAACUACCUCGCUAUGGGUAACUGCACUACCUGUGAUGGCAGAGACGAUAGUAAGGAGUAUGCAAACAUUCGCUCUGCAAUGAAAGUCCUGAUGUUCACCGACACUGAGAACUGGGAGAUCUCAAAGCUUCUGGCAGCCAUAUUGCAUAUGGGGAAUUUGCGGUAUGAAGCACGGAUGUAUGAUAACCGAGCCUGUGAGGUUGUUCGCUCUGCGUCGUUAAUCACUGCAGCUUCAUUACUGGAGGUGGACCCUCAGGAUGUGAUGAACUGCCUUACUAGCCGCACAAUAAUCACGAGAGGAGAGACUGUCUCCACCCCGCUCAGCAUGGAGCAGGCGCUGGAUGUGAGGGAUGCUUUUGUCAAGGGAAUCUACGGGCGGCUUUUUGUAUGGAUUGUGGAGAAGAUCAAUGCUGCCAUUUACAGGCCUCCCUCCCACGAACUACAGAGUGUCAGGAGGUCCAUUGGUCUUCUUGAUAUCUUCGGCUUUGAGAACUUCACUGUGAACAGUUUCGAGCAGCUCUGCAUCAACUUUGCAAAUGAGAACCUGCAGCAGUUCUUCGUGCGCCACGUCUUCAAGCUGGAGCAGGAGGAGUACAACCUGGAGAACAUUAACUGGCAGCACAUCGAGUUCACCGACAACCAGGAUGCCUUGGACAUGAUCGCCAUCAAACCCAUGAACAUCAUAUCACUCAUUGACGAGGAGAGUAAGUUCCCCAAGGGUACAGAUACCACAAUGCUGCACAAGCUGAAUUCCCAGCACAAGCUAAACACCAACUACAUCCCGCCGAAGAAUAACCAUGAAACCCAGUUUGGCAUUAACCACUUUGCUGGUGUUGUCUACUAUGAAACCAAAGGGUUUUUGGAGAAAAACAGGGACACCCUUCAUGGAGACAUCAUUCAGCUGGUCCAUUCCUCGAAAAACAAAUUUAUCAAGCAAAUCUUCCAAGCGGACGUGGCUAUGGGAGCAGAGACAAGGAAGCGCUCGCCGACACUCAGCAGCCAGUUCAAGCGAUCUCUCGAACUGUUGAUGAGAACCCUCAGUGGGUGCCAGCCCUUCUUCGUCCGCUGCAUCAAACCUAAUGAAUAUAAGAAGCCCAUGUUAUUUGAUCGGGAGCUGUGUGUUCGCCAGCUGAGGUACUCAGGGAUGAUGGAGACCAUCCGGAUCCGCAGGGCCGGUUAUCCCAUCCGCUACAGCUUCGUGGAGUUUGUGGACAGGUAUCGUGUCCUCAUGCCCGGGGUGAAGCCGGCGUACAAGCAGGGCGACCUGCGUGGAACGUGCCAGCGAAUUGCUGAAGCGGUGCUGGGGAAAGAUGAUGAUUGGCAGAUUGGCAAGACCAAGAUUUUCCUGAAGGAUCACCAUGAUAUGCUGCUGGAAAUUGAGAGGGACAAGGCCAUCACAGACAAGGUCAUCCUCAUCCAGAAGGUGGUUCGUGGGUUUAAAAACAGGUCCAAUUUCCUGAAAGUGCGACAUUCGGCCCUGAUGAUUCAGAGAUACUGGCGGGGACAUAACUGCAGAAAGAACUAUGGUGCUAUGAGAACUGGGUUCCUGAGGCUCCAGGCCCUCUGCCGUUCCCGCAAACUCCACACGCAGUACCACAUGGCUCGCAGACGGAUCAUCGAGUUCCAGGCAAGGUGCCGGGGCUGCCUGGUGCGCAGGGCCUUCCGCCAUCGCCUUUGGGCUGUCUUUACGAUCCAGGCUUAUGCCAGAGGCAUGAUUGCACGGAGGCUGUAUAAGCGCCUUAAGGGAGAAUAUCACCGCCGUCUGGAAGCAGAGAAGCUUCGUCUGGCAGAAGAGGAACGGCUCCGGAAGGAGAUGAGUGCCAAGAAAGCCAAAGAGGAAGCAGAAAAGAAGCACCAAGUACGCCUUGCCCAGCUGGCCCGGGAAGAUGCUGAGAGAGAGGUGAAGGAGAAGGAGGAAGCCCGUCGGAAGAAGGAACUCUUAGACAAAAUGGAGAAGGCCCGAAAGGAGCCAGUGAAUGACUCAGAUAUGGUGGACAAAAUGUUUGGAUUCCUAGGGACCACUUCGUCUCUGCCAGGCCAGGAAGGACAGGCACCCAAUGGCUUUGAGGACCUUGAGCGAGCCCAGAAGGAGCUAGAGGAAGAGGAUUUAGACGCAGCUUUGCCCCUCCCCGAGGAAGAGGAGGAAGACCUUUCGGAGUAUAAAUUUGCAAAGUUUGCAGCCACCUACUUCCAGGGCACAACAACACACACGUACAUCCGCCGGCCACUUAAGCAGCCCCUUCUGUACCACGAGGAUGAAGGAGACCAGUUGGCAGCACUUGCAGUGUGGAUCACUAUCCUUCGUUUCAUGGGAGACCUUCCUGAGCCUAAAUACCAUACGGCUAUGAGUGACGGCAGCGAGAAGAUUCCAGUGAUGACCAAAAUCUAUGAGACUCUAGGGAAAAAGACCUACAAAAAGGAGCUGCAGGCUUUGCAGGGGGAAGGAGAGAGCACUCACAUAGAUGGCCACAAGAAGAACAGUGUGCGGCACAAACUGGUCUCCUUGACUCUAAAGAAGAAAUCCAAACUGACUGAAGAGGUGACAAAGAGACUCCAAGACGGUGAGUCCACCCUCCAAGGCAACAGCAUGCUUGAAGACCGACCCACCUCCAACUUGGAGAAGCUGCAUUUCAUUAUUGGUAAUGGCAUCCUCAGACCAGCAUUAAGGGAUGAAAUCUAUUGUCAAAUCUGCAAACAGCUCACCCAGAACCCUUCCAAAAGCAGCCACGCCAGAGGCUGGAUCCUGAUGUCGCUGUGCGUGGGAUGCUUUGCUCCUUCCGAAAAGUUUGUGAAGUAUUUAAGGAACUUCAUCAAUGGAGGUCCUCCUGGUUAUGCUCCCUAUUGUGAAGAGAGAUUGAGGAGGACAUUUGCAAAUGGGACUAGGACCCAGCCGCCCAGCUGGUUAGAAUUACAGGCGACAAAGUCCAAGAAACCUAUCAUGCUGCCUGUUACGUUUAUGGAUGGGACAACGAAAACGCUACUAACUGACUCUGCAACGACUGCUAAAGAGCUCUGCAAUUCCUUAGCUGACAAGAUCAGCCUGAAGGACCGAUUUGGGUUUUCGCUUUACAUCGCACUGUUUGACAAGGUCUCAUCCUUGGGGAGCGGCAACGACCACGUGAUGGACGCUGUGUCUCAGUGUGAACAGUAUGCCAAAGAGCAGGGAGCCCAGGAGCGCAACGCGCCAUGGCGGCUCUUCUUUAGGAAGGAGAUCUUCACCCCGUGGCACAAUCCGAGCGAAGACAGCGUGGCAACCAACCUCAUUUACCAGCAGAUAGUCCGAGGGGUGAAGUUUGGGGAAUACCGAUGUGACAAGGAAGAAGACUUGGCAGAACUGGCUUCCCAGCAGUACUACGUAGACUAUGGGGCGGCGAUGGUGCUGGAGCGACUCCUGAACUUAAUCCCCUCCUACAUCCCUGACAGAGAGAUCACUGCUUCGAAAACAGUGGAGAAAUGGGCUCAGCUCAUUAUAGCUGCACAUAAAAAGGGAAUUUAUACCCAGAAGAGAGCAGACCCCAAAAAAGUCAAGGAAGAAGUGGUGGAUUUUGCACGUUUCAAGUGGCCUUUGCUGUUUUCUAGAUUCUAUGAAGCCUUCAAAUUCUCAGGACCCAGCCUGCCCAAGAACGAUGUGAUUGUAGCUGUGAAUUGGACCGGAGUGUACUUUGUGGAUGAACAAGAACAAGUCCUCUUAGAACUCUCCUUCCCAGAGAUCACGGCUGUCUCAAGCAGUAGAGGGGGAAAGCUCCAAGGGCAGAGUUUCACCUUGGCCACUAUUAAAGGGGACGAAUACACCUUCACUUCCAACAAUGCAGAGGACAUCCGGGACCUUGUUGUCACCUUCCUAGAAGGACUAAAAAGAUCAAAGUAUGUUGUCACUCUCCAAGACAACCCAAACCCUGUGGGAGAAGAAUCUGGAUUCCUCAGCUUCCAUAAAGGAGACCUGAUUGUUAUGGACCAGGACACUGGAGAACAUGUCAUGAACUCGGGCUGGGCCAAUGGGGUCAAUGAAAGGACCAAACAGAGAGGAGAUUUCCCAACGGACUGUGUUUACGUCUUGCCGACUGUCACCAUGCCGCCUCUGGAGAUUGUGGCAUUAGUCCAAUGACCCUGACCAGAGGCAAGAUGUUAUAGAAUGUCCCAACUGGCGAUUUCAGACAGUGAAGAAAGAGUGAAGCCGUACACCUUGGAAGAGUUCUCCUAUGAUUAUUUUAGGCCACCUCCGAACACUCUGAGCCGGGUGAUGAUCACCAAAAAUCGAGGGAAAGACAAACUGUGGUGCCUACACCCGAGAGCCUAUCAGCAGCCCUUGCUGAAGAAGAUCCGCAGCGAGGAGCUGUCCCAGGAAGCCUGCAUGGCAUUCAUUGCUGUGCUGAAGUAUAUGGGUGACUAUCCAUCCAAAAGAACCCGCUCAGUCAACGAGCUAACAGACCAAAUAUUUGAAGGUGCCUUGAAAGCUGAACCGUGAAAGAUGAACUACUGUCAGAUCCUCAAGCAGCUCACUGACAACCACAUUAAGUACAGCGAAGAGGAAGGGUUGGGAGCUGCUUUGGUGUGCACAGGCCUAUUCCCUCCCAGCAAUGUUCUCUGCCCCAUGUCCAGGAGGUUUCUCCAGUCCCGGAAGCAUCACCCCCUAGCCACAGAUUGCAUACAGAGACUACAGAAAGCACUGAGGAACGGAUCCAGGAAGUAUCCUCCCCAUCUGGUUGAAGUGGAGGCAAUUCAGCACAAAACCACCCAAAUUUUCCACAAAGUUUACUUCCCCGAUGACACUGAUGAGGCAUUUGAAGUGGAGUCCAGCACUAAGGCCAAGGAUUUCUGCCAGAACAUCUCCAGCAGACUGCUGCUGAAGUCAUCGGAGGGCUUCAGCCUCUUCGUCAAAAUCUCCGACAAGGUUAUCAGUGUCCCAGAAGGAGAUUUCUUCUUUGACUUUGUCAGACAUCUUACAGACUGGAUAAAGAAAGCAAGACCUGCAAAAGACGGUAUAGUGCCUUCUCUCACGUACCAAGUGUUCUUCAUGAAAAAACUGUGGACAAACACCAUCCCUGGGAAGGAUUCAAUGGCAGACUCCAUCUUCCAUUAUUAUCAGGAAUUACCAAAGUACCUGCGUGGCUACCACAAGUGUACCCGGGAAGAGGUCUUACAGCUAGCAGCUCUAAUCUACAGGGUGAAGUUUGAGGAUGACAAGUCCUACUUCCCCAGCAUCCCCAAGCUUCUGAAGGAGCUGGUGCCUCAGGAUCUUCUCCGGCAGCUCUCUCCAGACGACUGGAAAAGGUCCAUUGUGGCGUAUUUCAAUAAGCAUGCAGGCAAAACAAGAGAAGAAGCCAAGCUUGCCUUCCUAAAGAUUGUCUUCAAGUGGCCUACGUUUGGAUCAGCCUUCUUUGAAGUGAAGCAAACUACCGAGCCAAAUUACCCAGAGAUCCUUUUAAUUGCCAUCAACAAGCACGGAGUCAGCCUCAUAGAUCCCAAAACCAAGGAUAUUCUCACAACUCAUCCCUUCACCAAGAUCUCCAACUGGAGCAGCGGCAACACGUACUUUCACAUAACCAUUGGCAACCUGGUGCGGGGAAGCAAACUGCUCUGUGAAACGUCGCUGGGCUACAAGAUGGAUGACCUCUUGACCUCAUACAUCAGUCAGAUGUUAACAGCCAUGAGCAAACAGAGGAGUGCAAAGGGCAGCAGCAAGUGAACUGAAAGAAGCCAUUGGCAGGUGGUCAUGGAGCUAAUUCACCAGCUGAGGCCUGUGGGAUACCCCUGCAGCUGGGGCAGAACCUUUUCUGCCCAGAUGUGGAAGAUGAUCCGGACUCCUUCAGAAAGCUCAUCCGACUCUGAUCUUGAGGGCUCAAGUCCCAUUUCCCCUUCCAGCGAGGACGACUAUCUGUGAUGCUGACCUCCAAUUCCCCCCUCCUCCCUAGUAAGCCCUAUUUUAAACUUCUAAGCUUUCUGGGUGACAGACAGUGACUGAUCAACAGAGAAACGUCAGCAGGAUGUUUACUAUCAAACCAAAUGACUGAAGUUUGCAAAGGAUUGUAGGAAAAAGUCACGAGUGUCGUUUUUAAAAAGGGGAAGGUGGUCAGCGUCCCGUUAAGGGCUUUGGAGAAGUUCUGGGCAUCCGAGAUUUGCUGAUCAGUAACCUAACCCUGCUCCAUUGUAGAGAAAAAUCCCAUCCACUCUUCUGCAAGUAUCUUGACAUUACAACAGAACAAAAAGAAAUCCAUUUGUUCUAUUAAAAAAAAAAAGCCGAGGGAAAAAGUGCAUUUAAAAUAGAGGUUGGUUUGUUUCUUCUUAAUCCUAAUUGAACAGCCUGUACCAUGGCAAAGCGAGGAUGGGAGACGGGCGCACAAUGAUGGAGAUAUUUAAAGGUUUCAUUUCUUAUUCUUGUAUUUAUUUAUUUUUUAAAGAGAAUGAUGGCUUCUGGGAGGCUGGCUCUGGGGAAGGCCCCACACAGCUCCAAAGGCUUCACCCAACAGGACUGCUCACACACCCAGCGCUCCAUUGUCAAAAGGAUGAGACUGCGUGUUCAUAGCUCAAACUGUUCUAAUUAGGGGUGGCCUACAGUUCAGCAUCAAAUCCCUAUUCAGCAGCAUGGAAAUGAGGCUGCUAAAGACAGCUGACCCCGCCCCCUCCACCUGCAGAAUGCAUCUGGCAGAAUCGGGCUCUUAGCUGGAAGCCUGAAUGUGGCUUUAAGCCCUGAGAGGUGGAAAAUGUUGGCCAGGCCAUUCUGUGCUGUGUGUUUGAUUAUACACUGCAGUUGCCUUUUUCUGAAAGUCAAGCCUGGUGCAGCAGGCUUUGCCCUCUGUGCAGCAUUAAGCAUAGCUCAAAUGUAUUUGUUCCACAGCCACUUUGUAACAAUAGCAGGACAUCCAGAGGGAAAACAGAGCCAGUGUGUAAGGGUAUGACUACACUUGAAAUUUCAAAGC